UGUCAAACAUAUCAUGGCUUUGAUUUGUGUAAAAUUUAUUUAUCGCAUCCUCCAGUUUUCAAAAUAAAAUAAUUAAUAAUUUUUUUCUAACAAAACAGUAGCUUGAGUUAAUAUUGAAACCCAACAAUAUAUAAACUAAAUCUUUAGCAAUUGAUCAAAACCGCAUUGCAAGGAUGCCGCCCACAAUCAAUGGCAACGGCACCAAUCCUACCACAGAAAAACGACCUCCGCGCCCAACCGAACGAAAAUCCGAAUUAAUUUGCCGCGUCAAAUAUGGCAACAAUCUACCCGAUAUCCCCUUUGACCUUAAGUUCUUAAUGUACCCCUUCGAUGGACAUCGCUUUGUUCAAUACAAUCCCACGUCAUUGGAACGCAGCUACAAAUACGAUGUCCUCACCGAACACGAUCUCGGCGUAACAAUCGAUCUAAUCAAUCGUGAUCUCUAUCAAGCCGAUUCUUAUGCUCAAUUGGAUCCAGCUGAUGAAAAACUCCUCGAAGAAGAUGUCCACACUCCUCACGAUUCAAUGCGUUCGCGCCAACAUUCUCGAAGUGUUUCAUGGUUAAGGAAAUCCGAAUACAUUUCCACCGAACAGACUCGCUUCCAACCGCAAAAUAUCGAAAAGAUCGAAGCCAAAGUCGGUUAUAAUGUCAAAAAGAGUCUUCGUGAAGAAACUCUUUAUUUGGAUCGCGAAGCUCAAAUUAAAGCUAUCGAAAAGACUUUUGAAGAUUCCAAAAUUGAAAUUAGCAAACACUAUAGCAAGGCAAAUGUUGUGCCCACAGAAGUGUUGCCAGUGUUUGCUGAUUUCAAAAACUGGAAGUAUCCAUGCGCUCAGGUCAUUUUUGAUAGUGAUCCGGCUCCGCUGGGCAAGAAUGUGCCAGCUCAGCUGGAAGAAAUGUCUCAGGCAAUGAUUCGUGGUGUGAUGGAUGAAAGUGGCGAACAGUUUGUUGCUUACUUCUUGCCCACGGAUAAGACAUUGGAGAAACGUCGUGAAGACUUUACUAAUAAUUUGAUUUAUAAAGAAGAUGAGGAAUAUGAAUAUAAGAUUGCCAGAGAGUAUAAUUGGAAUGUUAAGAGUAAGGCUUCGAAAGGGUACGAGGAGAAUUACUUCUUUGUUAUGCGAAAUGAUGGAGUUUAUUAUAAUGAACUGGAGACAAGGGUUCGUUUGAGUAAACGUCGUGUCAAAGCUGGACAACAGCCGAAUAAUACUAAGUUGGUUGUUAAACAUCGUCCAUUGGAUGCAAAUGAACAUCGUAUUCAGAGAUAUCGGGAGAAGCAAUUGGAACCAGCUGGAGAUGAUGACGAAGAGGAGGAUGAGGAGAUGGAGGAGGACGAGGAAGAGGUUGAAGUUUCUCAGCCAACUGAAACGCAAGAGGAAUCUGAGGGAAACAAAGCGGCUCAAGAAGAAGCCCAGGUUGAGAAGGAUCGUACAUCGCGGUCGAGAUCGAAGUCACACGCUAAAUCCCGUUCGAGGUCUAAAUCACGUGUUCAGUCACGUUCCAGAUCGAAGUCACAUGCAAAAUCUCGUUCACGAUCGGUAUCUGGAUCGAAGUCGAGAUCGACUUCAAGAAGUCGAUCUAAAUCGUCUUCAAAAUCUCCAUCACGAUCAAGAUCAAGAUCGGGAUCGAGAUCGAAAUCAAGAUCGAAAUCACGUUCUCGAAGCAAGUCGGGAUCAGGUUCGAGAAGUCGUUCUGGAUCUCGUAGCAGUCGUUCGGGAUCGAGAUCGCAAUCGAGGUCUGUAAGUCGAUCUCGUUCACGAAGUGGAUCGAAGUCGCCAUCGAAAUCGAGAUCUAGAUCACGUUCGCAUUCAAAAUCCAAAUCUGGUUCACGAUCACCUUCUGGUUCGAGAUCUGGUUCGGGGUCACGAUCGCCAAGUAGGUCUAGAAGUGGUUCGCCAAGUGGAUCGGGUUCUGGCAGCGGUUCUGACGAAGAAUAAAUAUUUGAAUUAUAUCAUUACUUUAUCCAAUUUAUUGUAAAAUGAAAUGUUUAAAUAAUAAAAAAAAAUAAUGGUUUUUGAA